CUAACAAAUAAACAAUCAUUCAACUGAUGGACUGACUCAACUCAAAAUAAAAUUGUGGAAAUUGUCAAAGAAAGUUGUCUUUUGUCUUGCGUAGACGCAUUUAUUUAAUUUUAAAGAUUGCAUUCGUAAUUCUUUAUACUUUUAUACACUGUAAUUAUAUAACAAUGGCAUAUUACACAGAUAUCAUAAUAGACAAAAAUGGUGAAACGCAAUGUGAAUUGUGUAAAAUAUACAUCCCUGAUAGUGAUAUUUCGAUUGAGGCUCAUUUAAUCGAUACGGAACAUGCAAAUAAGUAUAUGGAAAGACUUAUGAUACAGAACAACAUCGAAGUUAAUAACAGAGAAUUAAAUUGUGGUUUGUGCAAUAGUGUGAUUCAUGUAUCUGAUGUAUUAGAGCACUUGAACAGUCCACAACAUAACGAAAGAAAGAAUCAGGUGAAAAAAUUGGUUGAGAAAGAUGGAGGGCUGCUUGUUUUGCCGGAAAAUAUAUCAAACAUUGGCUCUGCAGUUGACUGUUUGGCUUGUGACCGAUGUGUGGAGUUCAGUCCUGAGGCAAUAAAAUCUCACAUUGAAUCCCCAAAACACAGAAGAGCUCGAGCAAUAGCCGUUCAGCCAUUAAAUGCAAUAUUUUCAGUUGAAAAUAGUGACAAUGACCUCUGGUGUAAAAUAUGCCAAGUUUACUUUGAAAAUUAUAUUGAAGUAAUAUUUGAACAUGUGGAUGAGGACCCGGGGCAUGUGAAAAAUCUUAGGGAUAUUUACAGAUUAAUUAAAGAUCAAAAUAUUAAUAUUGAAAAAUAUUUGCAUGACCCUAAAGAAGACAAAGCUAUAUGUAAGCAAUGUGGAAUUGAAGUACCGUGUAACACUGAUAACUUAGAGAGACACAUCCGGGGUAAACAACACAACAAGAGUGGUUCUAAUUAUAAGGCUUAAUGUUAUUGUGACAACUCAAUUACAUUGUACUGUGCUUCAAACCUAUUUUAUGUACUCAUGUAUAGAUAAUGAAUUUGAAAAUAUAAUAGCAAGUUGCUACUAGCAAACUACCGAAACUGCAACUGCACAAAUGAAGGAGGAAAUUUCUCCUUCAUUAUGCAGUUAUUACCAGCGAUUGGACGUUGAAUGUUGAACAUUAUUAUUAUUAUCUAUUUAUCUACUUAUUUUAUUUCUUGUGAAUAGAAAUAAAUAUUAUGAAUU